UGGCGGGCUAGUGGGAUGGCAGAUGAGGAAGAGGAUCCUACCUUUGAGGAAGAAAAUGAAGAAAUUGGAGGAGGUGCAGAAGGUGGACAGGGUAAAAGAAACAGACUUUUUUCUGAAGAAUUGUGAUGUAUGAUGUAUGCCUUUGGGGAUGACCAGAAUCCUUAUAUUGAGUCAGUGGAUAUUCUUGAAGAUCUUGUCAUACAGUUCAUCACUGAAAUGACUCACAAGGCAAUGUUCAUUGGAAGACAAGGUCGAGUACAAGUUGAAGAUACCGUCUUCUUGAUUCGAAAGGACCCAAGGAAGUUUGCCAGGGUUAAAGACUUGCUUACUAUGAAUGAAGAAUUGAAACAAGCUAGAAAAGCAUUUGAUGAAGCAAACUACGGAUCUUGA